UCUAGAAAUUAUGAAGCUGGAAGUCUGUGUUCUAUGGAAACGUAUUUAAUCAUAAUUUUAUAUCAGCUUUAACAAUGGCAGGAUCCAUGCUUUGCAGAUUAAACAGCAUUAACGGUUUGGUAUUGAACAGGUGUGCAGUACCUGCAGUCGCAGCCUUUUCAACCAGCCAUAAUGUAUUUGGGAAAUAUAAGAUUCCAAAAGAAAAGAGAGAACUGAUCAACCAUUCAAGAGUUAGAGGGAUUGAAAUAUUAAGGAACCCAAAACUUAACAAGGGUCAUGCUUUUACCUUGAAAGAGAGGCAGUUGAUGGGAAUACAUGGACUACUACCUGCUGCAGUGGUAACACAAGAUCAACAAAUGAACAGAGUGCUGAAAAAUUUUGAAGAGAGACCCACGGAUGUUGACAAGUACACCUAUUUGAUGUCACUGUCCGACAGAAACGAGAAAUUGUUCUAUAGAUGUCUGACCCAAUACACAGAGAAAAUGAUGCCUAUUGUUUACACACCAACUGUCGGCAAAGCUUGUCAGCAGUAUGGUGUACUAUAUAGAAAACCUAGGGGACUUUUCUUGUCUAUACAUGAUGCUGGACAUCUGUAUGAUAUGAUCUGUAACUGGCCGGAGGAGAAUGUAGAGGCUGUAGUUGCAACAGAUGGAGAAAGAAUUUUAGGACUAGGAGAUUUGGGAGCCUAUGGGAUGGGAAUACCUGUAGGAAAGCUAGCUCUGUACACAGCAUUAGGAGGAAUACCACCAGAACACACACUUCCAGUCAUGUUGGAUGUAGGAACAAAUAAUAAGAAACUUCAAGAGGAUCCAUUAUAUAUAGGUAACAGAAACCCUAGGGUAACAGGGAAACAGUAUGAUGACUUUAUUGAUGAAUUUAUGGAAGCCCUUAUUAAAAGAUAUGGGAUUGACACAUUGAUUCAGUUUGAGGAUUUUGCCAACAACAAUGCAUUUAGAUUUUUGGAGAAAUAUAGAGACACCUAUUGUAUGUUUAAUGAUGAUAUUCAAGGAACAGCAUCAGUAGCCGCUGCUGGUAUUAUUGCCUCAAUGAGGAUUACAGGCAAAAGGUUAUCUGAAAACACUUACUUGUUCCAAGGAGCUGGCGAGGCCAAUAUAGGCAUAGCUCAUCUUAUUUCUUUAGCAAUGGAAGAUGAGGGUGUCUCCCAUGAAGAGGCCAUCAGCAGAAUAUGGAUGGUAGAUUCAAGAGGACUACUUGUUAAGGAUCGACCAGCCGGAGGAAUCACAGGACAUAAGGAACUUUUCUGUAAAGCACACAAACCCAUUGAUACAUUAGGCGAGGCUGUAAAGGAGAUUAAACCAUCAGCUAUUAUUGGUGCUGCAGCAGUUCCACAUGCAUUUACUGAAGAAAUUGUACGAGAUAUGGCCAAAUUCAAUGACCGACCAAUCAUCUUUGCUCUCAGUAAUCCAACAAGUAUGGCGGAAUGUACAGCUGAAGAGGCUUAUCAAUGGACAGAUGGAAGGUGUGUAUUUGCAAGUGGUAGUCCUUUUGAUCCAGUAACAAUAAAUGGUAAAACAUUGAUCCCUGGACAAGGAAACAAUGCUUACAUCUUUCCUGGUGUAGCACUGGCUGUGAUCAGCUGUAAAAUUAAACAUAUAGAUGAGCCAAUGUUUUUGAAAGCCUCACAGACUUUAUCUGGAUUAGUUACUCAACAAAAUUUAGAAGAAGGAAGAGUAUACCCACCGCUAAGUGAUAUACGAGAAGUGUCCGUUAGGAUAGCUACGGCUUUGGCGGAAUAUGCUUACAGUACAGGUGCAGCAUCGGCCUACCCUGAGCCAGAAAAAAAAGAAGCGUUCAUUAGAAACUAUCUUUAUCACACUGAAUAUGAAUCGUUUAUUCCUGAAACUUGGUCCUGGCCUGAACAUUGUCCUCAACGUCAGUAAUGAUUCAGGUGAGGUUUGUUUGAUUUUUUUAACGAGUGGUCCCUAGUGUUGUUCCAGAAAUAUAUGUAUAAACGGGGGUUGAAAUUGGAAGACACUUUUGCUAACUGCAUAAAUUUCCAAAAUUCAUAUUUGAAGUGAGUUGUUAAAAAAAAUUAAGAUGUCUUCCUACCUCUAAAUACAAUUAUUUCGGGAAAAGCCGAUAGUUUUUAAAAGUUGUUUAAAUAGAUGUCCUAAUUAUUAAGAUUUUCGCUGAUUGCUGUGACAUAACAUUAAUCCCCUUACAAGUAGGACAAGUACAACAGUAGUUUCAAGUUUCCCUUUUUUAAUUACAACCUCCUUAUUUUUCUAGAAAUUUUUAGAUCUUCCUAAAGUGUUCCAGCUUUUGCCCUGUGCUUGUUAAACAUUCAAAUUAUAGUAUAUAUCUUAGUGUUUAGUACAUGUACUUCUGUUAUUUUUUAAUUCCUAUACAUUAUCAAAAUUUCAAAAUCCCCAUAUUGAAUAGUCAUUGAAUUCAAUUUUGUUAUGAUUAUGAAUUUCAUAUGUCGGAAGUGCUUUUCUGGAUUUGCAUUCAUCAGGAACGCUCAAAGCUGAAUAUUCAGAGGAUGUGUAAGAACUGAAACAGUUGAAGAGCUAUAUGACCAAAAGGGACCAUAAUAAAAUGUUGAUGAUCACAUUGAAAUAUGCUUACUUCAAAUAGGUUUUUGUCUUCAGAUUUGUGUUGGAUCCCAAGGCAAACCAAAUGUUUUUCAAAUAGGUAUUUGCUGUUUUUAACUUCUGCAGGGAUUUCGACAUUUAAAAAUAAAAGAUAAGACAAAUUGGCAAAUAAUCAAAAUAAUGUUUUAAGGUAGGGUUACAUCUAUCAAACAGUUCUUGUGUGCCAACAUGUUAAAAACAUACAUCUUGUGUCAGUCUAGUAUUAACAAACAAGUUAAUAUUCAUAUCACAUUAACAGUUAAUGCCUUGAUGCAUGUAACUUUCACAGUUAGAUUUUAACCAUCUAUAGGUAAAUUGUUUAAAAAAACAAUACACAAGGACCACAACUGACUAACAAAAGUUAAAAUGUUCAUGAAAACAAUGCAUAUUUAAUAUUGGAACUGAACUUUCCUCAUAUAUUUAUGUAUUAGAUGUGGAGAGAGUAGAUGAAUUUAUUUUUUCAACAUCAAACAAACAAAUGUAUGCUUUUAUAGUUUAUAUUCAUGUGAAUUGCUUAAUGAUAUUUAAAAUAUGAUGUAAAUAAAAAUCUUGGUAUAAUACUGAUUACUGUAAUAUUUUUUAAGAUGAAAUUUUAAGAAGUGUCGUUAAAUUAACCACCAUAGCUGAGUUUAUGUUACAAAAAGGGAAAAUAUGAAGGAAGACUUUGAGAUUGAAUACUAAUGAUAAUAGACUUAAAACAAAAUAUUUUAGCAAAUGAAGUAUGUUGAAACAAAAUAUUUCAGCAAAAAAGUAUGUUGAAACAAAAUAUUUCAGCAAAAAAGUAUGUUGAAACAAAAUAUUUCAGCAAAAGUAUUUUGAAACAAAAUAUCUCAGCAAAAAAGUAGGUUGAAACAAAAUAUUUCAGCCAAUAAAGUAUGUCGAAACAAAAUAUUUCAGCAAAAAAGUAUGUUAAAACAAAAUAUUUCAGCAAAUAAAGUAUGUCAAAACAAACCUAUGAUACCUUCAGUCGUAACUGACUGCAUUGGAGUGAAUUUACCAUGCCUUCUGCAAUAAAAUAUGAAGCAAAAACUAAUGUUUUAUAAACAAAAAAAAUGAAUGCUUUGCCUUUUUGUACUACUUCUGGUUUGAUACCACUUGCUUUGGACACCUUCUGUCCUGCACAUGAUCAAUGUAUUGGCCAUUAUUUCAUAGAUUACUACAGCUUUUGCAAGACCUAUGGUCAUGCUUUUAUCACUCAAAGUUUCCUUUAAUUGUUUUGCCAAUUCUUUUCAGUCUCUAUAUAGUUAUUCCAUUUUGGCUACCAAAGCUCUGAAAAUGUUUUGGAAACACAACCAAAAAAAUGUCUGAUGCUUUAUACUGCAUGACUUAAUAAUGCUUUUGCUUAAUAUUCACAGGAGUUACUGAGAUGCACAAUAAUGGUAAGAGUAUGGUUAGAGGCAAGAUCAGAUAGUGAUGAUUUUUGUAAUAUUUUCAAGUGUUUUAAAUGCAAAAUUCUGUGAUCUUAUUUGAAAUAACAAACUUAAAAAUAUAAAAGUAUUUUGUUAUUAAGUAUACUUGAUAUAGAAGGAUUACUUCACAAGAGAUUAAAACAUCAUUUUUGUACAAGUGUUAGUCAUUUAGAUUUAUUAGUGUAUUUUAAAUGGCAAAGUGACUUAAUUUUAGUUUUUUUGGUGAUGUUUUUAUUUAUUUGAUUAUUUAUUUAUUUGUUUUUAUACCAGAAUGUUUAUGUACAUCAUGACCAGAAUAUUGUGUCUCAUAAUUACUGUAUCAGUACUUUUUCUGCAAGUAUUUUUUUCACAAAUAAGUUUUUGCUGAUGAAUCUGUUUUAAUUUUCGUGGUAGUUCAAAAAUAUCAAUGACUUCUUGUAUAAAAUCGAAAUUAGGUUUUGCAGAUAAAUAUGUUUUAAUUUUCGUGGUAGUUCAAAUAUCUCUGACUUCUUGAAUAAAAUGUAAAUGAGUUUGAGAUUAAAUUUCAUAAAGACUUUUAAAAUUGAUUUACAAUAUAAAAAACUAUCAUUGUGACUGUUAACAAAAUAAUAAUAACAAUUCAAACAUCAAAACAGUUGACUUUAAGAUAGAGGUAUUGUCUUAAUAUGUUGUUUAUUACACAAUACAUGUAUAGGUUUCACAUUUUCUUUGCUAAGGUCAUUAUUGGCUAGGUCCUUAAUUGGUUUUUUAAAUGACCACUGGUGUUGAUUUAAAUGGGCACACUUAAUUAAAGUAACGGCAGGUGAACAUUCAUAUACAGUUGUAAAAUUGAUUUUAUAUGCAUAUAUCUAUCCAUUUUCACCAAAAUAUACCUAACACAAAAAACACAAAAAUUUAUACACAGCGAAAAAAGUACAUAUACAGUACUGAAACUUGGUGCAUUGUGCAUUUUUUUUCUCGUGAAAUUGACUAAUUCAUAUAAACCUUUUUCUUCGGCUGAAUUUGCAAGAUCUGAAAUAACUUUAAAAUAAUCCAGUCUGUUCUUUAGAUAUUGUAUCCACCAUGUAUACUGUAAAUUCAGAAAUUAUGUGUGAAUUUCACUAUUGAGAUUAUUUAUCAGCAGAAAAAUAUGUAAGAAUAUUUAUUGCUAUUUCAAGAAAAGUUGUAUGCUGGUGCAGCUAACAAACGUUGUUAUGUUUUGAAGUAAAUGUGAAACAAAUCACUUUGCACUUUUUGCCACGAUAACAUCACAAAAAAUUUCUGAAUCUACAAAUAAUUAAGUCUCUGAAACUAAAUUGGGAGACUUUUUGUUUAUACUUUGUUUCUUCUUAUUAUUAAUCUAACUUUUUGCUUUUUGUUUGCUGCUAAUGCUUGUUUCUGCAACAGAUGUUGAUGUAGAAUGACAAAUUUUUGGUCUUUUAAAUUGGUAAGCUAAAUUUUUGAUUAUCAAAUUAAAUUCACAACCAGGAAUCCCAAAGCCACUCAAGAUAGACCAGUUUAAAUUGUCAGUAUAGUUUAAAUAUACUGUGCAUACUGGUUGAACAAAUGUUUAUAGAUCUGAUAAAGAUAUUAUUUCCAAAACAUGUUGGAAUGUAAAUCACAUAACCAAUCAAUCAUUCUUUUUUAAAAACAAUUGGAAACUCGCUAGUCUCUAAAUUAUCUACAAGCUUUAUAUGAAAAUUUUCAGAUAAAACAAGGAAUUUCACACUUUAUGGGAAUAUUUCAGUUUAACGUAACUCUUGUUCACCAUUCAUUUGUUAUAGACAAGCAGUUUAAAGUUGAACACACUAGACAAUUUCUGGUUUUCAUUUCCGCACUCCAUAUUAUGAAUUGACCAGCCCUAUUGUUUUUUUUGUUUUUUUUUUGUAAAAUAAUGAAUUUAUGGUAUUUGGAUACGUUUUUCUUUAUACUUCUUUACUGCAAAUUAAAGUCAAUUGAGACUUUUUCUUUAUCAUACUUUACUGCACAUGAAAAUCAAUUAAAGCUAGGUGCUUCCACAUUUAAGCUAGGUGCUUCCACCUUUUAGUUAAGAAUCUCAUUUUACCUUUUUCUACAUAUUUGAUUUUUUUUACAUCGAAAUAGUUUGAUUUAUAGAUUAUCCAAGAAUAGCAUUACAAUAUUUAUGAUUUUUUUAUUAUUUAAAAUAUGUAUUAAAUCCAAAGCUUAUGUAAUAAAUAGAUGUGGUAUGAUUGCUAAUAAGGCAACUAUCCAUCAGUGCCCAAACGAUAAUGAUGUAAACAACUAUAGGUCUGACUGGAAGUUAAUGUAAAGCAAUAUUGCUCCAUUGAUUUUAUUAAUCUAUGGUUGCUAAUUAUAUUUUAUAUAGUAAAAAUUAGUGAGAAGUACAUGUCACUCAUAAAGAUCUGAUGAAGCCGUCCUUUUGUUACAAAUAGAAUAUUGAGAUAUUACAAAUUUUUAAAUGAUUAUUUUAAAGUCAUGGUGCUCAACACAAACUUUGCAAAUAUUUGUUAAGAAUUCUACCCGUCUUUGAAUAAUGGAAAUUAGUAAAUUUGAGAAAUUAUGAUUGUUGAUUAUUAAUUCGCAAUUUCAUAUUAAAUUAUAAAAUUAUCAGUGUAUAUAUUGCGCCUUUGUUAAUAUAAUUUAAGUGUAUUUUAAAAGGAAACAUAUCUUAAUGAGCAUACUUUGUGUUUGUUACAUACUGUAAAUUCAGAAAUUACAGUGUAUAUUUUUUAUUGCGAUUAUUGAAAAAUAGAUAAAUAUCUGAGAUCAAUUAAUGCGAUUUCAGGAAAAUUUACACAACAGAUAUAUGUAUCAGAUAUCAGAAUGUGAGAUCUCAUUAUUGCAAUACUCACCCAGUUGGAUUAUUCGUAAAAAUAAAAACCUUGCAAUGACUUCUGAAUUUCCAAAAUAUAUAAUAUACUAUUAUGCAUAAUAAUUGCAGUUCUUAUUUCAGAAAUUCAAAGUAACAAUAUAUUUUGAAAAAUACUACAGUAAAAUUUUACAAAAAUAUACCAGUACUUUUUCUACUUUUUGUAUUGGUAAAUAUCUAUUAUAUAUAUAAACUAAAAACCUACAACUGAUUUUGAUAACGAAAUUCUAUCUCACAACAACUGCCCAUAGUAUAUUGUGUUCAAUGUUUUAAAUUGUCGUAUUUGAAAGAUGUUAUUCAUAUAUUGUUGGAUAAGUAUUCACAGCAUACUACAAUUUUAUUAAUUUUUUUUUGUUAAAAGCCAAUUUUAAACAUGUAUAAAUGGAUACACAAGUUCAUAAAUAUGACACAAUGUUGUUCUGAAUUUGAGUAAAGAUCCUGCCUCUAUGAAACUGGUGAUGGUGAACCAAUUUCUGGGGAAAGGAAUUGGCGCCAUUCAUAUUCAUCUUAAACUAGCAUUGUCUUUUACUUAAUUGAACUAUUUGAACUUAGAAUGACUUGCAAAAUAAAUAACAUAUUGCACACAUUUCUUGCAUUAUUUUUCCUUUACUAUUGUUUAGUGCUAGUCUUUGACAGUUCACUUUUUUCAUUUUUAUUUAUUGACAAAUUUUGUAAGUGUAAGAUAAACUAUGUGUUCUGUGUCUUUUAUUUUAUUAAGCCAUUUGAACUUGGAAACACUUCCAAACAGCAUAUUUAUGACAUUUUGUGCUUAAUUCUUUCUUCACUCUUGUUCAGUGCUAGUCUGUGACUGUUUCCUUUUUUCAUUUUUAUUUAUUAUUUGAAAAAAUUCAGUGCUGGCUGAACUAUGUGUUUUUAUCUUUAAUUAAAAGUAAAUACAUGUUGUA